AUUGGCAAAGAACUGGCGCUGCUGUGUUGCUGCUGCUACGUGCAGGUAAAAGGAACAGGCGACACACACACACACACGCGCGAGUGAAAAACCCACAAAAAAACACUGAAAACAUUUAUCGUGUCAGAAAAGCUAUGGAAAACGAGAAGCUUUUCCGCGCGGCAGAAACACAGACACGAGGUGUUUAAAGUGUGAAAGAAAAGCGACGUCUUGAAGAGAAAGUGUCAACCAUCGUUUGGCUCCUGGACUCCACGCUUUGUGCGGAGCAACUUGGGACAGCUGCGUGUUUUCCAUCAACAAAGAAUGAAGGCAUUCAAACGAGCUCUUGAAGAAGAGCAUCGGCCAGAGCAGGAUCACUCCUCGGCCAUGUCGGACAGCGAUGACGGCUCCCCGCUCGACCUGUCAGGAAGGGGGCUUCUUGGAAAGCGCCGUCGCCGUGGCAACCUGCCCAAGGAGGCGGUGCAGAUUCUGCGGAGCUGGCUGUAUGAACACCGCUUCAACGCUUACCCAUCAGAGCAGGAGAAACUCAGUCUCUCUGGUCAGACCAACCUGUCAGUACUACAGAUAUGUAACUGGUUCAUCAAUGCACGUCGCCGCCUCCUCCCCGACCUGCUUCGCAAGGACGGAAAAGACCCAGCCAAGUUCACCAUCUCCCGAAAGAUUGGGGGUAAAAGUGAAGGCAACUCAUCUAAUGGAGGUGGAGCCAGCUCUCCAGAAAGAAACUCCUCCCCCAGUUCCUCUCAACUGCGGCCAUCGGUCAUCCGUUCUGCCCCCACACUGGACCUCAGUCUUCUUGGGAACACAGCCACGGCUAUUCUGACAGGAGCAGGCUACCUGGGUAUAGAAGGAUCAGUGCAGGCACUCAUGAAGCUGGAUACACAAAGUUUGCUGAGGGAAGCAGAGGAACAAGGGGUUAAUACAGCUUGUCUCACCAGCACAACAAUGGCAGCUAGUCCCACUAGUGGCCUCUUCAACACUCCUCCCCCAACUCCACCUGAGCUGUUCCCCACCCAGGACUUCAGUGAUUUGAGGCUUCUAGUUGAUGCAGCCCUGCAAAGGGCAGCAGAGCAAGAAAACCUGAAAAGACUUCAAGAGGCCCAGAACAAACCAUCAGAUGCCGUGGAGACACAGUGCAGUGCUUAUAGCAGUGACCCACCCAGUGGCUCCACACCGCCUCCAGAGGACAGCCAACAAGUCAUGGAUGCCUCCAGAGUACAGAGUCUGAUGGAGAAGGCUAUGGCAGUUCCAGUGUCAGCUGUAACUUCACUGAAGGCCCCUGUGGCUCAGUCCUCACCAGCCCCUGUUCUAGUUCCAGCUCCUGUCUUGGUCUCAGCCACAAGGCUGUCUCCUCUACCGAUGAAUAAAGUCAUCUGGAACCCUUUGGACAAGGACACGACUCGAGCCUCCAGCCCAAACCACCCUCAGCUCAUCCCGGCUCAUUUGCCAACAUUUGUGCCCGUGUCUGCUUCUGUCUUUGGGCAGCUAGAUUCUCAGAAAUCAAUUGCAGUGCCAGCCAUCACCACAGCUUUAUCACCAGCUUCACCCUCAAGCUCAGUUCCAGUUCCAGCACUUUUGCCCGCUUCAACUAGUGCCACAGUACCAGCUUCAAGGCCUGUCUCUGUUCCAUCAGCAGUCCUUCUGCCUAAUACAAGUUCUGCCUCUGUCGCUGCUUCAAGCCAGAUUUCUUCCCCAAGUGUACCUCUCGUUCCAGCAGCUACUUCCCCAACCAUCGCCUCUAUUGCAUCCUCCAGAGGAGUCCCGAUUUACCUGCCAUUCCAUAAAACCCCUUUAAUGCCUGUCACCGUUCCAUGUCCGUCGUUUAUUUCAACAUCGGCAUCGUCUCCAGCCCAAGUUUCAGUGUCUGGCCCAGCUUCAGCUCCAACACCAUCUUCUACUCCAACGAUCACACCUCUUGUGGGCCUUGCCUCCCAGCUCUCUCCUCCUUCUCCUCCUCUUCAUCCCUCUUCCACAAGCAGCAGGAAUUCCACAGUGGGACCCAGUGUUUGGAAUAUGGUCCAUGCUGACACCAGGCAACCCAGUUCACUUCAAGUGGUAAAAAACCCCAUCACCACAGGGUGGGGCCCUCUGCACACUAUGAGUGAAACUGUAAACUAGGAGCUGCAACUGGGCGGCCAUCUUUUUAAAUAUAAAUAUCCACAGAGGAGAGAGGUCGGACAUUUCCUUAAGGCUGGACAACACUGUAUAUAGCUGAAUGUAUCUAUGGAGUCCUUGUUGACAUUGAAGCCUGUGCCUGCACAAUAUACACAGUAAUGGAUUAGAUGUGUGAAGUGGGAUAAAGUGAAGCAACGGACAUGAGGUGUUUUUAGCAAUUUCAAGUGACUUUUUUUAUUGUUUUAUGUCGCUGUUGUGGAAGGACACUGUUGAUUGUAAGCUGUGGUGCCAUUUCUCAAAGGGAAAAUUCUUCAGUGCAGAGUUUUUCAACCUCCUUUUCCAAGUUACAGUUUAUGAAUUAUUAGGAAAAUGUCCUGUAAUUGUACAAAAUUCAAAUUGGUGUCAUUUUUGAGCACCAGCAGAGUUCGCCUCCUCAGUAACAAUACUGGACUUUGUUGAAUGUACAAAAGGCACUGACAUGAAUGGCUAAGCUGCCGAUCACCCAUUGCCAUCCAGGAUAGAAGGACAUUACUUAAACAGCAACUUCAGUCCUCUAUAGUUGUGCAAUUCAUAGUUUUGUGUUUACUUCACUACAUUUUCCUUUUCUUUUUUUUUUUCUUUUUUGAGUAGAGGAGAAAUCUAUGUUGU